AUGACGCUGGGGGCGCGGGUCGGACCUCACCCCGAUCCGAGCCUCACCCCACCUUCGUGGGCUUUGGCCCGCCCCGAGCCCGAGCCCGGCCGGCCCUUCAGCGGUCCGCCCCGAGUCCCCCCAUCGGACCAUGCCAGGCCAAACCACUCUGAACCCGACGAUACUCCAGCCAUCCUCCUUCCGAUCACCAGUCGAACGUUAUGUCAUCCGGCUUCUCUUACUCCGGCAAGCGGCCCAGAUGCUUCGAAUUCUGGCAAGAUCUUGAAUCAGGAAAACAGGCAGAUGCUGAUUGGCUUUAUCUGUAAUACAUUUAUCUCAGAGUUUCAAAAAUGUUACGCUAGCGCGGACUUCCCCGAAGACUGUCGUCCCCAAGUGGAAGACUACAACGAGUGCCUGAGCCAUAAGAAAGAAAUUGCCCGGGCAAAGACGCUUCAGGAAAACUUCAGCAAAAAACAGGCACAACAGUUGGAGAAGCAAAAGUUGGAGGAAAACGUCACUCAGAGCGGGAUAAUCAGCUUGGGACUAUUGAGUCGGGCUCGAGCCGAGGAAGCCCAAAAGAAUCAAUCAACCGCCUCGGUCCAAUGA